CUUCCCACACCCGCCCCACCUCGCUAGCCUUCAUUUUCCCAUCUGUCUCAGGUCUUUUCUGAUUCAAAGGUGCAGAGCUCUUGGAGGGCAGUGAGGAGGAAGUGCUGCCUGUAGUUUUUCUUUCUCAAAGAAGAGGCAGGUGAGACUCUGCAGCUGAGGGCGCAUCAUCAUGGCAGUGUUUCUGGAGGCCAAGAAUGCCCAUUCUGUUCUGAAACGCUUCCCGCGGGCCAACGAGUUCCUGGAGGAGCUGCGCCAGGGCACCAUCGAGCGCGAGUGCAUGGAGGAGAUCUGCAGCUACGAGGAGGUCAAGGAGGUGUUUGAGAACAAGGAGAAAACGAUGGAGUUCUGGAAGGGGUACCCGAAUGCAGUCUACUCCGUCCGAGACCCUUCACAGAGCUCUGACGCCAUGUACGUGGUUGUGCCCCUUUUGGGGGUAGCGCUGCUGAUUGUCAUCGCCUUGUUCAUCAUCUGGAGGUGCCAGCUGCAGAAAGCAACCCGUCACCAUCCCUCCUAUGCUCAGAACCGGUACCUUGCCAGUCGCACCGGGCACAGCCUGCCCCGGGUCAUGGUGUACCGGGGCACUAUGCACAGCCAGGGGGAGUCCUCUGGGCACCGGGAGGCGGGGAGCACCCCGCAGGCGAUGCUGGGGCCCAGCCGGGGGAGCAGAGCCACGGUCCGGCUGGAGAGCACCCUCUACCUCCCGGAGCUCUCUCUCACCAGAUUGUCUAGUGCCACCCCUCCGCCCUCCUAUGAGGAGGUGACUGCACCCCAGGAAGGGAGCAGUGAGGAAGCCAGUGUCUCAUACAGUGACCCACCCCCAAAGUAUGAGGAGAUAGUGGCCGCCAGCCCGGAUGCAGACAAAUAAUGAGACCGAGGGCUGGCCUGUAUGGAAACCUCUUGCAGAGGCUUCCUGUUUGCUUUGGAACUUUGGAAAGACUUUGUUUGCCACCACAAAACAGCCUUAGCCUCCUUGUUGCCAAAUAAUUCCCUAACUGUGGAUUUUUAGGAAGCCAGCUGUCAAAGCCAGGUAGGGGGGCAGGGGUUCGGAACAUGCAUGACUCAAGCCUCCCGGGAAGAGCUACUGACUCCAGGUCCCAGCUCUUCUGGAAGCCCCCUACAUCCCCCUGUCCUGUUCUCCCAUCUGGGACUGGCUUCUCUUAUGCCAAAGGAAUCACCCAAUUGUGUUGAUUGUGGUCAGAAUGUCCCCAGGUUUGGCCACCUGCGCCUUGGGAUGGCGACCUCUCUAUCCCUGGGUCAUUAGGCCACAGAGGAGAGGGAGAGAAGCCAGCUCUGCAGUACCCCUUCUCCUCCACAGUUCUGUGCUCUCUGUUCUCAUAAGAGGACAGGGACAAGGACUGUGCAACAGAGGAACCAAGUAAUAACAAACGGUGAGCAUCAUAGAACCAGACAGGAGCCGCUGGGCCGUGCAUGUGUUGGAAACUGAGGGCAAUCAGUUGCAUAGCUCUGAGACAGGCUUCUCCCCGACACCUGCCCCUCACUCCUGACCAGGCCUGCAGCAAGCUGGCUGGCUGCCGGACAGGGUACAUGAAGGGUGCGAGGCAGUGCGCUGGUUGGCAGAGUUCCUUCCUUCAUAGUCACCAAGGGGCCCACAUGAACUCUGCCAUUCUGUUUGUGGUGUGCUUGCCCCCUCCCCAGAUCUUUGUACCUGCUGUGUUGGAACCACUGCGCACUGACACCAGCCCACCUGAAGCCCCUGAACAAGUUGUCCUGGGGAAGGCCUCUGAGUAGUCAGGGCACAGACUAGGACAGAGAGUGAAACUCUUCUGUGUGUGCUUGCUCCAUCCAGGGACCAGAUAAAUCCCUGAGCUCGGCCUCCUUGGCCCUGAGCGCUCUGGCUUGGAACUUUCAGGAUGCUUGCGUUUUUGUGUGUGGCCGCAUGGAACUUGAACUCCAGAUUGGUGACUGCCCCCUAACGGUGGCCAUGUGGGGAGAGGGGCCUAAAAUGUCUCUUUGAAAAUCUCUUUCUGGGGGAGCUGUGUCCUGGGGUUGAAGGCUUAUCCAGGCUUUGCUCUGCCAUGGCCAGGUGCUGGUCUGACUUCAGUGAGGCUUAGGACAGCAGUUGGGCAGAGGUGACCUGCCCUGUAAUUGUCGUAGAUUGCAUGAAAGUCAUUGUUGAUACCAUCUUUCCCCUCCCCUAGCUCUAUCCUCCUGGCCUGGCCUUGGUGCCAAAUCAUUUUCGUCUGUGGUGCUUUUAAAAAUGUAGCAACCUUUCGUGGGGCCCAAAAGAGUGUGAGGCGUGGGUCUAUUGGCAGCACAGCACUUUCAACCCCAAGCUUCCUGUCUCAAUGGCUCUCCGAGGCAGUCAUUGGGUUCAUUCCUUGAAUGCAGCCCUGACUGAGGCCACAGAUAACUUCUGGAGGUCCCUAGGGGCCUGAGGACUGUCCUCAGGCUGUAUUUCCAGUUGAGAGGCUUGUGACCUUUCCCACUUGGAUAACUGGACCCCGCCAUGAGGGUUUCCAUCCUUCCCCCUACCUCACAGGACGCUGGACGCUGACUGGGCUAUUGCUUGCAAAGCACUUGGAGCCCUGCAGAGCAGUGAAGUUUGCCCUUGGAUAGAUGCUUCUAGAAAUGUACAGGUUCUAAGGGACCGUUUUUAUGGAGGACCUCAUCUGUCUCAGAUAGAGUCUCAGCCUGGAGGAGUCAGCCUCCUGCCUGGGCCUUUCUGUGCCCUCUGGCCUUUCCCUUGUUCUGUGAUGCCAGAGAUGCCAACCAGGCAGCGUUCCACCUUCCUUCUUCCUUUUCUCCUCCCCUGAGCCUGUAGCACUAUGCGCCUGCCCUUCCUCAUGAAGGCAUUUUUGAUCUAGAAGGCCUCUGCUUAUUCCAUGAUGGAGCCAGAGCCCACAUUGGCCAUGUUGGAGGACCUUGGAAAACCAGGUGCUUGGCGCUAGCCCCAGCUCUCCCAGUGUUUUCUCAAGCAGGUGCCCAAGUGUGACCUGCAGCACCUGAGAAAAGGGUCCCCCUCCUUGCCGCAACCAGAGCCAGAGGGAGGGUGCCAAGGGAGGCCAGUGCCUUUGGCAUCUGCCCAGUAGCCUCAGGUGGGCUGGCCCUGGGAGAAGAGAAGCCUGGGACUGGCCCGAGGGGGGAGCACUUCCCUGGGGACUGAUGUGGGCUGUAGGGAGGGCCCAAGGCUGCUCCGAAAGGCUUAGGCUCGCUCCCUGGCAGGGCUGUGCCAAGGGCCCAGACGGUGUUUGAAGCUGACAGUGGAGAAAGCACGGUACAGUGCGCACAAAGGCCUGGAGUCCUCACAGUGCGCACUUGGCUUUUUGAAUGCCCUGUACAUAGCUUUUCAGACUGUCUUUGUAUGAACGCUGAUUUGAGAUGAUGCUAACACUUCAGUAGCCACAUUUUUGUUGUUUUGGGACGUGUGUGUGUGUGCGUGUGCGUGUGUGUGUGUGUAUACACGUGUGCACAUUGCCUCUUUUCAUUGCUUACCUGAAACAAUAGCCGGUAUGCAGCUAUAUUUAUACCAGGAGGGAUCCGGUCUGAAGAGUGGAAUGUUUCCUCCCUCCGGAGGCUGGGCAGUCUCCUGACAGGGCCUGAGUGAGGAAAGCCAACGUUAGCCAUUGGAAUGCCCCAGAGUCUGGGCUUCUGUCCCCCCUCAGAAGGCUUUGCCAGAUGAAGCAGUGCCACCCUGGGGAUCCCACAAGCCCCUGUGGCACAGUGCCUCUCCAGUUCUGUGGCCCUCGGUAGCUGAGGGAACUCUGAGCACUCCUAGACACCUCUCUCUUUCUUUUUGCGUCUCUUCCCUCUUUCCUGUAUUCCUGUCUUCCUCCCUCCAUUUCUUUUCUACUUUUCUGUCACAGAAAAAUGUAUGAUUGCUGACUUUGAAAAUGGUGGGCUAGUUACUUAGAUUUUUUUCAUUCAGAAGAAAAGGCUUGAAAAAUUCCUUGAAAUAGAACUGUCACUUGUUUUCAACCAAAAACUUUGUAAGACUUUUUCAAGACAAGAAUCAUAGUCCUGCCCUUCCCCCGCUGCCCAUCACUUUGGGUUUUCCCAAUGAAAGCACAAAAGUAAACGCGGGGUGCCAGAUGCCCCUCACAGCUGCCUCGCGCCCUGGCUGAGGCUGAGGAGUUCCCCCUGGGAGGCUCAGGCCUCCACUUCUACUUGCCAAUUCACUGCCAUUAGUGUGAACUCCUUAGGGUGCUUAGAAGAUGGGACUCUGCCUCAUGUGCUGGACAAAGUGGGGUUUUUUACCCAAAUCUGAGGACUUUGGGACAGGAAAGUAUCCUUUUGGCUGAGUAGUUGGAGCCAGAUGCUUCCCCUCUUCCAGUGAGUGGUGACUCCUGUUCCCCAGGCAGCAUUGGCCUUUUGUCACCCGGAUGGCAUCCCAGCAGAAGGAAACAUCAACACUGCCUCUAGCCUGCUCGGUGAGCAAGAGUGAGAUGAAGGAGAGAAGAUCUGUCUUUCUGUGACAAGGCUGAGCCGCUGCGCUGGGUGCACCUUGCUAAGGUGGAAGCCUUUUAGGACUUCGAUCCAGCAGCAAGCACAUCCUCCCUGCUCUCAUCUGCUAAUACUAAUCAGUAUAAUUAGCUAAUUAAAAAAUGCUGUAAUCAGACUUCUUGAAAUGACAGCAAAAGCCCAUUAAUCCGAAACCCACUAAUUCAAAACUUAGAGGGGGGAAAAUCACAAUUUCAAAUACUUCACAAUAGCUGUGAUUCUUAUGGCAGAAACAUAUUGGAGAGAUUAGCCCCUUGGAUCCAUUUUGAGGGUCUUCUGUGUAAGAGGAAUCCUGUUUAAAACAAGUACUUUUUUCAAAGGAAAGGCUCAAGGUGUUAGGGUCCUUUCGCCAUGCCUGCUGCUUUGCGGUUCAGCAGUUAGAAUCCGCAGGGCUCAGGGCAGGGCGGGGUCCCUUGCUCUCCCUGGUCAUGGGGACGCCGGGUAGCGCAGCCUUUGCCUCCUCUCCUAUAUUUACUGUCCGAAUGACGUCUUUGUGAGCUUGAGUGCAGUCUAAACACAAGCACAUGGCUUUCUGAGUAUUUUGUAAAGCAAACGUUGCACCAGCAGACUGGCUGCUGUCUUCACUCACCCUCAAAUAUUCCGACCAGGAGCUUUUCCUUUCCAGGGCUGUGGGCGGUGAGUCUCGCCCACGUCUCCCACGGAAUUUCCCUGACAAAGAUGCCGGCCCACCAGCCCCCUCCUGCUCCAGGCACCA